UGUAUAUAUUCCUUUCUUUUGCGAUUUGUCUGUUUCAAUCCUUCUUCUAUUCGCUAUUUUGCAUCUCACUCUCAUUCGCUUUUCUGUGUUUCAGUUUGAUUUCUUUCUUUCUCUCUUUUGUUGUUUGUCGAUCAUUUAUCCCAAGUCGCCUGUAUUAAACGUCCUGAGCCUGUUAUAACGAGGCUGGCCUCUGGCUCUCGUCGCUCAUCCCUCGUUCCCAAUGCCUUGCUGAAUCUAUAUAUUGUCGUGCAUAGAUUACUGUUUGUUAUACCAGCGCCAUGCGUCUCACGACAUCCCUCCUCGCCGCCGCUUCCCUUUCCUCCUCCGUCACGGCCUUCUACCCCUACCAACUCAACACGGAAGUCUCCAUCGGCAAUUCUCUUCUGUCAGGCCUCCGUCGCCGCUUCAUGCCAUGGAAACUCCAACAAGAUGACUCGGAAGACUCAGACUCCCAGGGGUCAUCCAACCCUCUAACCCUCGACCUCCAAAAACUCCCUGUCCGCCGCGACAACAACUACAAAGUUGUCACAUCCGACCCCCCGUCCCAAUCCAACAGCGCCGCCAUCGACCAAGACGGAAACGAUUUUUCAUACUUUGCCGUGGUGCAGGUCGGCUCGCAGAAGCAGAAGAUGCGGAUGUUACUGGACACAGGGGGAAGUGACAGCUGGGUGUUUUCCUCGGACUGCUCGAGCACAGCUUGCAAGCAGCAUGAUAGCUUUGGGGAGGAUGCUUCGGAUACUCUGCAGAUAACGAAUACAGCGUGGACGGUGCAGUAUGGGACGGGUACGGUGAACGGUCUCGUUGGAUGGGAUACUAUCACCAUCGCGGACUUGACGGUCAACAUGACCUUUGGGUUGGCAUCAAAGGCGUCGGAUGAUUUUCUGUCGUAUCCAAUGGAUGGCCUGCUGGGCUUGAGUCGGUCGAAUGACACUGGUUUCGGGACUCCCACGUUUAUGGACUUUGUGCAAAAGGGGAACAUGCUGGGUUCCAACAUUGUCGGGUUCAGUCUCUCCCGGGGGUCUGAUGAUGACCAGGAUGGAACUGUUACCUUUGGCGGUGUCGAUGAGUCCAAGCUGGACGGCAACAUCACCUACACCGACACCAUUUCCUCGAGCAACCGCUGGGAAAUCCCUGUCGACGACGUUACCGUCGACGGCCAGGCCUGUAACUUCACCGGAAAGGGUGCCAUACUUGACACGGGCACAUCGUACAUGAUGCUUCCUCCUGACGAUGCUAAGGCGGUCCACUCCCUCAUUCCUGGUGCCACAUCGUCCGGCAAAAACUUUGUUCUCCCCUGCGACUCGGAUGCUGAAAUUCGCAUCACAUUCUCGGGCGUUAGCUAUAACAUCUCCCCUAAAGACUACGUUGGACAGAAAGCCGGCGAUAACUGCGUCUCCACCAUUGUCGGGUACCAGUCCUUUGGCGAUGAUGAGUGGCUUGUGGGUGAUGUCUUUUUGAAGAAUGUCUACUCUAUCUUCGACUACGAUAACAACCGCAUCGGACUCGGUGGUAAAAAGGGCGAGACGGCGCCUGUUGUCACUUCCGAGGAAGAUGCGGAGGAAGCCGAUAGUGUCGAGGGUUCAGAUGCAGGUAGCGAGGCUGAGACUGCCGCGUCAUCUGGGUCUGGUUCUGAUGAUGCUCCUAGCAGUACUUCGUCGGCUAGUGCUGCUAGCUUGACAGAUGCUGAUUCUGCUGCUGUGGCCACAGCCCCACGCUUCGGUUGGCCGAUUUUGCUGGUGGCUUGCAUGUUCUGGGUGUAAUCCCGAACACCUCUCGUUUGCAUCCGGUACACGGGGAUGCUUUUCUUUCUUCAAUUGUCUUUAUACUAUCGUUUAUCUGUACAGGGGCAUACCCAUACAUUCAUCGUACAUGUUAUAUACAUUCGUUUAUUUCGUUUGCACCUGACAAACGCGUUUCUCAAGUGGAUAUACAUCAUCAAAAUAUAUACAUUGAAGGUCCAUCAUUCAUUA